CCUAAUUCGAUACGUACUUUACCUUAUUUUACUUACCUUAAACAACUAACCCACCUACAAACCCACCUACAACUGUUGCGAUUGCUUCCUUUUAGAUUGUGAAAUAAUCUAUACUCGCUCGUCCUUCCUUAUAUCAUCUACAGAACCCUUCGAACCGAAUAGAAACCCGAUUUUUUGACGCAAUCCAUUCAAUUCCGCAUAGACAUUCCAACAAAAAUGGCCGAUUCAAACGCUCCGAAACCGAGCAGUAGUGUCAAGCUGGUGUUGCUUGGCGAGGCCGCCGUAGGAAAGUCUUCCCUCGUCCUACGGUUUGUCAAUAACGAUUUCCAAGAAAAUAAAGAGCCCACUAUUGGUGCCGCCUUUUUAACACAAAAAUGCAAUCUACCUACGAGAACGAUCAAGUUCGAAAUCUGGGAUACCGCUGGACAGGAGCGUUUUGCUUCGUUGGCGCCCAUGUACUAUCGAAAUGCCCAAGCUGCGCUCGUCGUCUACGAUCUUACGAAGCCAACGUCGCUCAUCAAGGCGAAGCACUGGGUAGCGGAGUUGCAAAGACAAGCAUCGCCGGGAAUCGUAAUUGCUCUUGUCGGUAACAAGCUGGAUCUUACCAAUGAUAGCGAAUCCGGACAGGCCGACAGCGAAGGAGCCGACGGGGAGGAAUCCGGGGAUGCCCGAAAGAUCUCCACAGAAGAAGCUAAGACUUAUGCCGAGGAAGAGGGCUUGUUAUUCUUCGAAACGAGUGCGAAGACAGGCCACAACGUCUCGGAAGUUUUCACUGCGAUUGCUAACGCCAUCCCUGAAACGUCACUGAAGAGCACGAGGGGUCCGGGAGCUUCUAGCGCGGUGAACCGAGGUGGCGACGAGCAGAGGGUAAAUCUAAAUGGACCCCGAGAAGCAGCCAAGGAAGGAUGCGCAUGUUAGUUUCGCAAGGGAUCUGGUGGUGGGAGGUGUUGGUGAAAGUUUCCUUACGAUCAUGAUUACAUUUCACCUUGUAAUAUGGAGCGAUGGUUCAUUGGGACUUGGUAUCUGGACUCUUUGCGAUGAGUAUUUUUUUCCCUUUUUCUUUGUCAUUUGCGAGCAAGAUACAGCACAGGACCUAUAUAGCAAAAGCCCUGGAGUGGGCAGACUCCCUUUGACGAAUAAUAAGUCCAGCCUUUAUAGAGUAGCACGCGAGUCGGGUGCGAUCCCUUUCCGCCUACGCAUUUCCGUAGCAUCAGACUAUGUAUGUUUUUCUAUAUAUGCGCUAGUAGAAUUUGUUGUCGCGUGUAAUACAUUACAUAUAACAUAUGAUUAUGUUGUGUCGUCUCGGGUGGAAUAAGAUAUAAUAUUUUUACCUCCUACACGUCGGAAGAUAUAAACCAGGUACUAGGUACGUAGGUAGGUACCUAACCUAUGCAAUAUAGGUCUAUGUAGAUAAGUUAAUGGCUAAUUCCCGCUUGAAUAAAAACAUAAACUCU